AUGGCCGACAUAAUACCAACGCCACAGCUCGUGCAACCAGGAGCCUAUACUUAUGGCGACAAUGGCUUGGCUCUCAAUGGUGUCCCUCGAGCUUCCCUCGACGAUCUGAAGUCGUUGGUUAGCUUGUACCCCACCAGCGCUCAAGACAGGACGACCAUCAAGGCGUGGGUUAUGGCUCAACUGGAACUGCACGUGCGCAAGAUACCGGGCCUCAAGAUACGCGAACCGCAGGGACGAGAACCGUAUCGUGGUGUUCCGACAGUCGUGGGUUGGAAAGAGAGCUUCGAACGUGCAAUAGUCGACAUUUUCGCAAGGAUAUUGGAUCCUGACCAACCAUUUGACGUUCCGACGUUGGAGGCAAGUUUCGCUAUCCACCGAUUCCUGGCGAAGUAUUUCUUGGAUGGACUGGGAGGCAAGCCCGACACAAAGAAGACACCAGAGCCUGUUGCACUUUAUUCGUUUCUAGAAGAAAAGCGAGAGGCUCGAGCGAUACUGGCAUCUAUUCCGGGACUUCAUGUUCGCCAUGCUGGGGACAGGCGAUCUGAAUACACUUUUGUUGGAUGGGAUAUAAAUAAGGUAUCCGAUGAAGUACGAGAGAUCGAAGACGAGAAGGCACAGGAGGAGGCACAGGAGGCCAGGCAGGCUGCUCUUGAACGAGAGGAACGGAGGAAGUCUGGCGACGCACGGUCAAAGCUCACCAUGAAUACAUGA